AUGGCGGCGUACGAGAAGCGGCGAGCGGCCGCCGCCCCGGUACCGGCGGGGGGCAGCGGGCUGCCGGAACCGGGGCGGGCAGCGCCGGGGGGCGGCGGACCGACGGAGGGCAGCGCGGCGGAGGGCAGCGCGGCGGAGUUCCUGCUGCGAGCCGGCGUCACGGCCAUGGUGCGGGAGGCACUGCUCAAGGUGCUGGAGGCGCGGCCCGCCGAGCCCGUGUCCUUCCUGGCCGAGUACUUCGAGCGGCUGGUGCUGGCGGAGGCGGCGGCGGAACCCCCGGGGCCGCCGCAGCGCCUGGCCCGGGCGCUGUGGUACGUGUGCCUGGCUCAUCACUCGCACAGGACGGCCUUCGACAGCAACGCCGGCGCGGCCUACGAGGUGCUGGGCUGCGGCGGACGGCGGCGGGCGGCGGGCGUGGACGGGCGGCUCUACAGCGAGCUGCUGAGGCGGAUCUGCCAGCGCGGGGCGGCCCCGGCCGAGGCGGCGGCCGAGCUGCUGCGCCGCGUCCGCUGCCGCGACCACGAGGCCGUCCCGUUCGACGUGUUCCGCUACGGCGUCCUCACCUGCUGCGUGCUGCUGGAGUUCGCGGCCAAAGCCGACGCGCUGUUCGCCGUGCUGGGCGCCGGGGACUCGGCGGACAGCCGGCUGUGCCAGGCGGUGCUGCGGGCGCUGGAGGACGCGCUGGGAGCCGGGCACGGCCCGCGGCCCGGCCGCUACCUGGAGGCGGGCUCCAGGCUGGGCCCCGACAGGCUGGCACUGGCCAUGGACCAGGCGCUGCAGGAGAGGAAGCUGGGCUCCUCCAUGAGCAGGGAGGAGUUCCUGAGGAAAGCCACGGCGCUGUUCAUAGCCAAGGUGAAGCCCGUGGAGUGAUGCUGGGUGGGAGCAGCGCUGGCUGUGGCUCCUCUCUGAGCUGGACAGUGAGCAC